AUGCCUCUCCAUCUCCUCGGCAAAAAGUCAUGGAACGUCUACAACGUCGAGAAUAUCGAACGUGUCAAGCGCGACGAGGCGCAAGCAAAAGCUCGCGAGGAAGAAGAUGAACGUAUUAUGCAAGAAGUCGAUGCCGAACGCAGGAUUAAAAUUCUUCGCGGCGAACGUCCGCCUACACCUCCACCAGCGCCCUCCCAUCUGUCGUCCGAACCCGGUCAUCGAUCAGACAGAAAGCCCGCCGGCGACACUGGAGGAUUUCGUAAAAGAAGGCGUGUUGCCGGGGAAGAUGAUACGGAUCGAGAUAUACGAUACGCUCAGGAGGAUGCGGCACAAGCAAUUGCUAAGCGAGAAGAGUUGAUUCUCGCCUCUCGCAAGGCUGAUACAGCACAGGCACCGAUUCUAGACGAGGCCGGCCAUAUCAAUCUGUUCCCAGUCGCAGGUGCUAAAACAGGGAAGAACCCCGAAGCAGAGGCUGAAACUGCACGGAAAAAGCGCAGCUAUGAAGACCAAUACACAAUGAGGUUCUCCAACGCCGCAGGCUUCAAGGAGACUGUUGGUCGGAAACCGUGGUAUUUCUCCUCGGAACAAAAUGCAACAGCGCCAGGGGCGAUGCCCGAGAAAGAUGUGUGGGGUAACGAGGACCCAAGACGCAAAGAGAGGACACAGGCUCGUAUGAGUGCGAAUGACCCACUCGCGGUCAUAAAGCGGGGUGUGCGUCAGUUGAAAACAACAGAGCAGGAACGGAAACGGUGGAAUGAUGAGAAGCGAAGAGAGAUCGAAGCUUUGAAAGCUGAGGAGAUGCGCCGGACAGGGAACGUGAGAAGGACAGAAGAAGUUCUGACAGACAUCAUCGUCGCCGUCGAGAUCAAAGCCGAGAUCGCUCUCAUCAUCGCUCCCAUCACCACUCCUCUCACCGCAGUCAUCGUCAGCGCCACGAUGGACGUUCUGAGGCUUCCAGGCGGGAAAAACAUUCUGAAGCAAAGAAUUAAUCCUGGAUAUUCCAUUUGUUCUACGAGAUCAUGA